AUGAAAUCCAGGAGUCAGGACCAGAGUUUUUCAGACUCCAGAGAGCUGGACAGGUCUUACGACCCACUCACAGGAGGUAAUCCUCCAACCAGACCCAAUAAAAAGACCAUAAAACAGCGGUUCCUCAAACUGCUCCCCUGCUGUCGCUCUGGCUCCAGCCCUUCCAUUAAUCAAAGCAAUAUAGCUGAUGACGGUGAACUGUCAACAGUGUGUUACAGACCGGAGGGGCUCGACCGCCUCGUACAGCAGACCAACUUCAGCAAGAAAGAGCUGCAGCUCCUUUACCGGGGGUUUAAAAACGAGUGUCCCAGCGGUGUGGUGAAUGAGGAGACCUUUAAAAGCAUCUACUCCCAGUUCUUCCCUCAGGGAGAUUCAACUAUGUAUGCACAUUUCCUUUUUGAAGCCUUUGACACCCACAACAACGGAGCGGUCAGCUUUGAGGACUUUGUCUUAAGUCUGUCCAUCAUCUUGAGAGGCUCCAUCACUGAUAAACUCAACUGGGCCUUUAAUCUGUACGAUCUCAACAAAGACGGCUGCAUCACCAGAGAGGAGAUGACAGACAUCAUGCACUCCAUCUAUGACAUGAUGGGGAAGUAUACCUACCCCAGCAUGAAGGACAGUGCUCCCAAGGAUCACGUCGACAGCUUCUUCCAGAAAAUGGACAAGAACAAUGACGGGGUGGUCACCAUUGAGGAGUUCCUGGAGACAUGCCAAAAGGAUGAAAACAUCAUGCAGUCCAUGCACAUGUUUGAUAAUGUCAUCUAAAGCUGUCAGACACAGACACAGAUGAGAU